CUUUGCUUCCAGAGUCACAUUGUAGUGAAGAGGCAAGUUCCUUCAAAUGAAUUUUUCACUUCAGUAGAAUCCAAGCCGCUGGUUGGAUUUUCCUUCUGAAAUACUUAAGAUAGGAAAAAAUAUAGAAAAAUAAUCAUGUCAGAGCACAGCAAGAAUUCAGAUCAAGAAGAACUCUUUGAUGAAGAGGUUGAUGAAGAUAAAAUCUUGGCCAACUUGUCACCCGAAGAACUGGAAGAACUGCAAUCAGAAAUGGAAGUCAUGGCUCCUGACCCCAGGCUUCCAGUGGGAAUGAUUCAAAAAGAUCAAACCGACAAACCACCCACAGGAAACUUCAACCAUAAAUCUCUUGUUGAUUAUAUGUAUUGGCAAAAGGCAUCCAGACGCAUGCUGGAAGAUGAACGUGUUCCUGUCACCUUUGUGCCAUCUGAGGAAAACGCUCAAGAAGAGUAUGAAGAAAUAGAUAAAGACAAUAAAAAGGUGUCCCACUAUUUAAAAGAAAAGCUCAAUAAUGAAAUUGCUGCAAAUAAAAGAGAAUCAAAGGGCAACAACAAUGUCCAAGAAACAGAUAAUGAGGAUAAUGAUGAAGAUGAUGAAGAUGAAGGUGAUGAAGAUGAAGACGAUGAAGAUGAAGAAGAUGAAGAUGAUGAAGAAGAAGAUGACAGUGAAGGGAGUGAUGAAAAAACAAAAAGAGAAGAAAAAGGCAAAGUAAAGGAGCAAGUCAGAAAUGGUGAGAACAACUGCCCUCAGGUAACUAACGAAGCAUUUGAAGAACAGAAAGACAGACCAGAGGCCCAAGAAAAAACUGAGAAAAAAAUAUCAAAAUUAGAUCCUAAGAAGUUAGCUCUAGAUACCAGCUUUUUGAAAGUGAGUGCAAGGCCUUCAGGAAACCAAACAGACCUGGAUGGGAGCUUGAGGCGAGUUAGACAAAAUGAUCCUGACAUGAAGGAACUCAACCUGAACAACAUUGAAAACAUCCCCAAAGAAAUGUUACUGGACUUUGUCAAUGCAAUGAAGAAAAACAAACACAUCAAAACCUUCAGUUUAGCAAAUGUGGGUGCAGAUGAAAACGUAGCGUUUGCCUUGGCUAUCAUGUUGCGUGAAAAUAGGAGUAUUACCACACUCAACAUCGAGUCCAAUUUCAUCACAGGUAAAGGAAUUGUAGCCAUCAUGAGGUGUCUCCAGUUUAACGAGACACUCACCGAACUUCGGUUUCACAAUCAAAGGCACAUGUUGGGCCACCAGGCCGAAAUGGAAAUAGCCAGACUUUUGAAGGCGAACAGCACCCUCCUGAAGAUGGGCUACCAUUUUGAGCUUCCGGGUCCCAGAAUGGUGGUAACCAAUCUGCUCACCAGGAAUCAAGAUAAACAAAGGCAGAAAAGGCAAGAAGAACAGAAACAGCAGCAACUCAAAGAGCAGCGAAGGUUAAUAGCCAUGUUGGAGAAUGGGUUGGGGCUGCCACCUGGGAUGUGGGAGCUGCUAGGAGGGCCAAUGCCAGAUCCCAGAAUGCAGGAGUUCCUCCAGCCUCCUCGUCCUCCCAGCCCCCAGCCAGUCCCCUUCAGUCGGCGACAUGACGUGAUGAAAAAGCCAUCGCAGCCUCCUCAGCACAGAACUGACCAUGACUCCUUCCAGACGGUGAAGCUGAAGAGGACCCAGCGUAAAUCUCGGAUGCCGGAGGAAGCCAAAGAAGCACCCGAGAAAACCAACCUCAAAGAUGUGAUCAAAACACUGAAACCAGUGCCGAGAAAUAGGCCACCCCCAUUGGUGGAAAUCACUCCCCGAGAUCAGCUCUUAAACGACAUUCGUCACAGCAACGUUGCCUUUCUUAAACCUGUGCAACUGCCAAAAGAACUGGAGUAAGAGAUGACAGAAUAAUCUAGAAGAACAAGGAAUUGAAAUAAUGACUCUUGGAUUACAGCUUGGAGACUGUAUCAGCCCCCUACUUCUGGAUCCGGGUGGUGGAACUGGGAACAAUGCUAAUUAAUAUCUGAUAGGAGUAUUUUGUAAAAGGCAGAAUGCUUGGCCCGUGACAAAACCCAGGCUGAAAAGGAAGGAGGAAGGGGAUAAAAUAUUAAUAUUCAGCAUCAACAUUUUCUACUUCCAAUCAGUUUGAGUGACUUAGGUGAAAUUUAGAGUCAUGUUUUUAGCACAGAAGUUAAAAAAAAAUUUUUUUUGUAAACGUUUGCUUUAUUAUUGCUUUCUUUUGCUAAAUAACAAUAAUUGCUAUGGAAGUGUUAACUAUUCUAUUUCCUUUUUUCUCUCUUUCCAUCUCCUCUGCUGUAAUUCACCAUACAGUAUCUUAAAAGGAACAAAUAUUGUUUCACGCUAUGGAAAUGUGAAGGGUAAACUGACCUCCAAGCCCUUCUGAUGCGUUGAAAUGGAAGAAUUGUUAAUUAGCUCUUCUCUCAGAAUCAGUUGAGAUUUCCAGUUACCAACCCUGCCUGGCUUUCUCCCUUGGCGAUUUCCUUGGAGUUUUGGGGGUAACUUCGGGUAGGGGUAUCGAUGAGCAGAACGUCUAAGCCUCAGAACGUGGAGAAAACAGUUUCCAGAGAAAGUAAUGGAGAAAACAAAUCCUGCAUAUAUACAAAAAAGUCCCUUUCCACACAUAUAGGGACAGUGGGAGACAGCAAGCUACCAUUGUAAAAAAAAAAAAUUAAAUAAAUAAUAAAUAAGAGUUACUGAGCAGCUUUUGGUUUUAGCCAACUAUAUUUUGUUUCUUUUUAAGCUUAGUCUGUGAAUCUAAUUUGACCUCUUGCUCUCUUCAAAAUUCUUCUAAAUGAAACUUGCUGCAGGAUUAAACUAGAAUUGCUUAUCCUGGCAUUCAAGGCCCCCCAUUGCCUGGCCCCCAUUUACUAACCCAGUCUUAUUUGCCACAUACCCUUUAUGCUCCUCUUGAUAACACAUCCUCAGGCACUCCUCAAGCCUUUGCUCUUACCGACUCUCCAGGGAAUGCCCGAGAGACUUCCCUCCCACUCUCCAUUAAUGAAAGUCCUGUCCCAUCUUCAAAGCCCAGGGCAGGUUCCAAUCCUCCACAAAAACCUUCCAGACAACUUCAAGCCCAGUGUUCUUUCCUCCUUCCAAGUUCCUAGAGCCCUUAAACAAUACAUUUUUUUAGAAGGACAAGCUAUGGUAAAGAAAUACGGUGUUACUAUUUUUUAAAGAUAAUUCAGUGUGUACAAAAGCAUCCAAAGUUACAGUUAUUAAUCAACAAAUUUUAGAAUAGCCAACAGCUGGAUAGCUUUGUUUUCUCCUUUUACUAUUUCUGUAAAACAUCCUUGCAUAUAAAGCAAGAUAGUUAAGAAAGGACUGCAAUAAAUAAAACUUUUGAAGUGUCUAGCAUAUUCUACAUCUAAAGACUAAACUCUGAUAGGACAAAGCACUCUCACCAUGUUUAUAAGCUUAAUGCAUGUUAGUGGUUGAAGUUCUGGAAAGCCUUUAUGCAUUUGCUUGUAUAACCACAGUAUUAGUAAAGUCAGGAAUUUCAAAGAGCUAAUGGUCCUGAAAGAAGACUUUAAUCUUAGAUGUACAAAAAGAAAAGAUGAUCUAAAUUCAUAGCUUAUUGCCUCAAAUCACAGGUUUUAUCAAGAGACAGGCGAAGUUGUUCACAUUAUGCUUUUUCUAUCCACCCAUUUCCACCCAAAAAAAAUCUCCUAAUUGAAGAUUUUUGUUUUUAAAGUGUAAUGAUUUCCCCCCACGUGUUUGCUUCUUGUUCCACUGAGAGGGGGGUCUCGAGACCCGAUUGGAGAUCACUGAGCUCUCACUCUGCCUGUUUAGACAGACGCUAUGAAGUGGGUGUGGGGGCCAAAGGGCUAUUACUGCCACUUGCAGAUACUUGCCUCAUAUAGAUCCAGCCUUAAUAUUUUUCUGAUAUCCUAGUGAUAGCAGACCCCAUGCAAAGUGGAUUAUCUGCGUUAAUACUGUGACGAGACAAAAUAAUGAAAAAUCAAAGUUUUCCCAAAGAUAAAGAAAUAUCACAUACUAUCUGCAUUUUACCAAUGGUAUGAGUGCAUCCUUAGAAAACUGAAUGUAACAAAAACCUAGGACAUUCUUGGAAAUUGCACACUCUCUAGCAACUUUGUGUGAAUUUUUAUAUAAGCACUGUUUUGAGUUAUAUAAAAUGUUAUAAAAAUAGAAAACAAUGUGAUAAUUUAUAGUAUUUACACGCUACAUUUUUCUAUUGUUAUCCUUCCAGAAUUGACCACUGAUUGUUAGUAAUUAUAAUGAAUAUAUUUUUUAAAUUCAAGUUGUCACUUUCUCCAAGUUUAUUGUGUUUAGUCAGCAGAAAUCACCACGUAUAAAACGAAUGGGGCUAAAAUGUGUAUAAACCCAUGUCAGGUUAAAAAAAAAAUCCCACUGGAAUUUAAUUUUAUUCUGGCUGCAAAUUAAUAAAGUUUUAAUGUUUUAUUAAACAGUAUUUGAAACACAAGCUGAGC